UUGCAGCCAGCUCGGACUGUAAGGUGGUGCUCCCCUCUGUUAAUGAGGCUGCUCCCAUGUCUACUCAAACGGACCGGCAGCAGCAGCAGGAGCAGCGGGGACAGAGACAGUAAACCCCUCCGGGUGUUGUUGGGGAAAGAUUUCGGCUGACUUUCUGAGUUCCUCCGGCGGCAGCAGCAGCGGGAGCAGCUUUCACGACGCCCCGGGGCUGAAACUAAGGACUCACAAUGUCUGAUGGGGAGUACGAUUACCUCAUCAAAUUCCUGGCGCUCGGCGACUCUGGCGUGGGAAAAACCAGCUUCUUGUACCAGUACACAGAUGGCAAGUUCAACUCAAAGUUCAUCACUACAGUGGGAAUCGACUUCAGAGAAAAACGAGUGAUAUAUAAAUCUACAGGUCCUGAUGGAGCUUCGGGGAAAGGACAGAAGAUCCACAUGCAGCUGUGGGACACUGCCGGACAGGAGCGGUUUCGGAGUUUGACAACAGCUUUCUUUCGAGAUGCGAUGGGUUUCCUGCUUCUGUUUGACCUCACGAACGAGCAAAGUUUCCUCAACGUCAGGAACUGGAUGAGUCAGCUACAGAUUCACGCGUACUGUGAGAGUCCAGAUGUCGUUCUCUGCGGCAACAAGUGCGACCUAUCAGAACAGAGAGCCGUCAGCGAGAACGAAGCCCGUGACCUGGCAGAGCAGUAUGGGAUCCCAUACUUUGAGACAAGUGCGGCCAACGGGCAGAACGUGGGCCAGGCUGUGGACGUCCUGCUGGACCUCAUCAUGAAGAGGAUGGAGCGAUGCGUGGACAAGUCCUGGAUCCCCGAUGGAACCGUCCGAGCAAACGGGCCAACCCACCUGGAUCUCUCAGAGAGCUCCGACAACAGCAAAUGUGCAUGUUAGAGCAGGUUUAGUUACACGUCUUUUGUUCAUGUUAUUGGUGGAAAUAGAAGAAUGUCUCCAAGUAUAACAAAGUGGGAGCUUGUGUAAUAUAUUGAAUGUUAGGUGGAACUUAACAUGACUUGUGCCUUUUGCCCACAGAACCAGCGGUUUAUGGAUUUUCUGCCACUGACAUGUUGGGUUGUUUGUCAGUAUCAAGGUGAAUGCCUUUUGAAUUUGGGCAUUUAAUUAGAAUUCAAGUCUUUUCAUGAAUGAUUUCUUGGUUGUUGUGAGCUUGGGAUAUUUAUUUCUCCUGUUGAAGAUGCCGUUCGUAUAUUCAGGUUUAAUCUUUUUUUCUUCGUUUGCGACACCGAAAAAUGAGCUGCUGUGCAACACGUGCCAUAAAUACACUGUUAAUAGUCUGAACCUGCUGUAAAAAAAAAAAAAAAAAACACUGCUCGUAGAUGUAGGUCAACGUCGGUUAUAUACUACUGUGUUUUUUCUGAAAUGUCUGAC